GCCCAGGUCCAGUGUAAGCUUCGGUCCCCUUCGACUACGCACAUCAUAUUAUGGGCGGUCCUGCCAUGUCAACACUGACGGCUUCAUCUGCUACACUCGAGAGCAUACUCUGCUCAUGUAAACAAGCAUGCAAGCCGUCGGCCCGACGGUUGUGGCUGUCAACCCUGUCUCUAGCGUGCCAUCAAACAGAGUGUGUGCUGCAACGUAGCUAUACUGUAUGAGCUUUAAGCUCACCGUCAGCAUCAACUUGCCAAGAGUAUCACUCGUUUCAGAGGUUGCCAUCUGCCGAGGUCGCGUGCAUCGUUUACACCAUUGCUGCAGGAAGGCCGCAUUGAGUUUAAGGAUCGACGAGGGUCCAGGUGUGCGCGUGAGCAUUAGGAGGCCUCGGAGACACCAUCGAUCAGCCCUUGGAGGAGGGAAGAGUGGAGUUCGUCGCCAUGAACCCCAGCCAGGGUGGUAUGAACAACCUGAGCACCUUAAUCAAAAGACUCGAAGCGGCUACCUCCCGGUUAGAAGACAUCGCCCAGUCAGCUGCGACCUUCGACCAUCAAUCCAAUGGCGAUCGUUCAGUACAGUCCGAUCAUCCCGCUUCUUCUUCAACCAAACCCCAGCAACCAGUUGCCAUAGCGAAAGAUGCCAGUCAACCGCAAGCACCGCCCGCGGCCGCCGCGCCAUUGCCGCCAGCGAUUGAAGCGAUGGACGAGCUGCUCAAUGGCGAGGUUAAGGCUUUCGUGGAAGCAAGCAGAGGCAUCGAUCCGCUGAUCGAGGAGCAAGCGGAGUCGGUACAGAAAGCUUUCAUUGAUCAGAGGCGGUUUCUCGUUGUGACAACGAGAGCGAAGAAGCCGGAUAUGAACUCGCCUGCGUUCAAUGACUUGUUGAAGGAUCUCCAGCAAGACAUUGGCAGCGUAGGUGACAUCCGAGACAGCCACCGCGCGUCACCCAUGAAGGACCAACUCGCGAUGAUAGGCGAGGGUAUAGGUGCACUACAGUGGCUCAUAAUGGAGGGCAAGCCGUCAGACUACGUGACGGAAGUCAUUGGCGGCGCGCAGAUGUACGGGAACAGAGUACUAAGAACGUACAAGGAAACCGACCCAAACCAAGUCAAAUUUGUGCAGUCCUACUACACCCUCCUCAAGUCUCUCCUCGCCUACAUCAAGAAGCACUACGCCAACGGCAUGACCUGGAACGCCAACGGCAUAGAUGCCGGCCAGGCCUACCGCGAAGCCGGCGAUUUCAACUCCGCACCCAAAUCGAACGGCGCGCCUCCACCUCCCAGCAGCGGCGGUGCGCCACCUCCUCCGCCACCACCAUUGCCGAACUUCGACAACGUGCCUGCCCCACCACCACCACCACCCGGCGCAGCACCUAACGCGAAAGCACCCGCCAGCGACAUGGGCGCCGUCUUCGAGCAACUCAAUCGCGGCGAAGCCGUAACCUCCGGCCUAAAGAAAGUAAACAAAUCCCAAAUGACGCACAAAAACCCUGCCCUACGCGCCGCCAGCACCGUCCCCGACACAACAACAGCCCGCUCCAAAAGUCCCGGACCAGACAUCAAGCCCAAACCAGCCAGCAUGCGGCAAAACAGCACCUCCUCCUCCCAAAAGCCCACCCCGCGCCUCGAGCCCAAAAAGGAACUCGACGGCAACAAAUGGCUCAUCGAAAACCACGACAACCCCAGCACCCCCAUCGAACUAGAAGUAACCCUAACCCAAAGCAUCCUAAUCACCAACUGCAAAAACACGACCAUCAUCCUCAAAGGCAAAGCCAACGCGGUCUCCAUCUCCAACUCCCCGCGUCUGCAAAUCCUGGUGGAAACGCUCGUCAGCAGCGUCGACGUCAUCAACUCCCCCAACUUCGCCGUGCAGGUCACGGGCGCUUUACCGACGAUCUUGCUGGAUCAGGUGGACGGGGCGAGUGUGUAUCUGGGGACGGAGAGUUUGGGGACGGAGGUUUUCACGAGUAAAUGUAGUGCGGUGAAUGUGGUGUUGCCGCCCGAAGAGGGAGGGGAGGGGGAUGGGAAGGAGUGUCCGUUGCCGGAGCAGAUGCGGACGGUGAUUAAGGGGGGCAAGGUGGUUAGUGAGAUUGUGGAGUUUGCUGGUUAGAUCGAUUGUGGGGAGGGAGGGAUUGUAUGUAUGUAUGAGUAGAGAGAAAGAGUGUGUCAUAGAUCGGUUGUUCGAUUAGGCUUUGAAGGUGGUUGUCUACCUAGGAUAGAGGGA